GCAGCAGCAACAACAGAAGAAGAAGAAGUUGACGAGUAACAGCAGCGACGAACCGGUGAGGAUGAAGCCCCCUCCGCGGAACCGAAUUAAACGAGAGUUGAGCUUUUGGUCAGAGACGCCGAAGUCCCGCAGGAACACAAACUGUAAGUGGGGACGGCCUGAGCUGAAGAAGCUCCUGAAAGCCCUGAAAGCUCUCAGCCAGACCACCGGAGGAGGCCUACAAGAGAUUGACUAUGCUGUCCUGAAGAAAGACAUUCCUACUCGGUCCAUUUCAGAGAUCAGCGAUAUGGUGGACUCUCUGAAAAACAAAACCAUAUCAUCUGCACGGUUCCAGCUGCGUAUGAAGAACUGGGAGGAGAAGCAGUUCAGCAGGCCUAUUGAAGAGUGGACACACAUGGCCUCCACUCUUGCUGGAACCCUUGAGAAAGUCAUAUCUGCUGCUUUCUGUCAGAUGCUGGUUGUGUCAUCGACAGAGCCCUGCACUCUGAGGAACUGUGACCCCAAGCAGGACCCCAGACCCGCUGCUGUUUGUAGACCAGUGCCUUGCGUAGGUGAGCAGCCUUCUGCCGUGUUGCUCAUGGCUCCGGCUCCAGCCGGGUCAGGGAGCAGGAGACUGCCAGCACCAUCUCAGGCUGUUAGAACUCCAACCAGGAGGAUCCUCCCACGUCAGAAACAGCCAGCUGUUCCUUCCACUGCUGCUGCCUCCACUUUGCUAACCGGAUCUCCAACUCCAUCCGCCCCGCUGCUCUCAGAAACGCUUCCUGCAUUCGUAUCCCCUCGCUCUCUAAAGCCUCUCGCUCCGUCUACCUCUGGCCUCUCCUCUGUCUCAGCAGCGGCUCAGUCUGCUGUUGUGUUGUGUUUGCCCGUCUCCAGUUUUUCCUCUCCCCACUCCACACUCCCACUCUCCAACACAGCCGCUGAGCUGCCUGCUACAUCUAGGCAGUCGAGUAAACAUGCGGCGGUAGGCGGCCCAGAGACAGUUGGAGUGAACUUUGCUGUGGACUUUGAAAAGAUCUACAAGUUCCUGACUGUUGUCCAAAACCCCAGUGAGGAUUAUAAUCUAACGCCCAUGGAAAGUGCGAUAGUCUUGGACCUGCUGAUGUCUCUCCCAGAAGAGCUUCAUUAUCUGGACUGCAAAAACCUGCAGAAACAUCUGAUCCAGAUGCAUCAGAGUCUCUCUGCUCCUGACUCCUCCAUGCCUGCAAAGCAGCUGAUGUCAAAGCUGAGGACUGCGCGCCGUGUUGAGAGGGGGCCAGUGCCAGCUGGACAUCCCAGCCAGAGAUGCAGCCAAGAGGCAGAAACUGCUGGUGCUGCCGGCAGAGGAGCCUCUUCAGGCCAGUCUGAGGACGCAGACAUGUCGGACUUCCUCCCACCUCUUAAUCCUUUCCUGGUUCCACUGAGCUUGUUGACGCGAAAACAGAGUUCUGAAUAAAACAUUGUAAACUGUUUUAGUCCUUUCACAUGUGUGACCCUCAAAGGUUAAGUAGGUGUGGAAAAUUAAGGAUGUUUCUUUUAUUUAAUGUCACAUUAAAUACUGAUGCAAAGAGAA